AUGCAAAUUCAUAAUUCAUCUGCUCAUAAUUUAACUAAGUGCGAAUCAUUCUCGCAUUUAUCUCCAUAAGCCUAAGAAGCUCUUUAAAGUUUAAAAAAAAUAAAGAAUUUUGGAUGUGAAAAAACAAAUGAUCUCUUAGACGUUAAAAAAAGCACUUCUGAUAAUAUUAAUAAUCUAUUAAACAUCCCUGGAACUAAAGUAGAUUAAGUUUCAAAACAUCUACCAUAAAAUGAAUUUAUAGGAACUCAAAAUUUCUCUUUUCUUUAGAAGUAUUCAAUUGAUAAUUAACUUUAAAUAGUUCUAAAUAAUUAUUAGCUUUUAAGAGUUCCAAAGUUUUAGAUGAUCUUACACCUGAUUUUUCAGAUGCUCUUUCAAGUGAAAGAAAAUAAAUAAGUGAAACUGAAUAAAAUCAACAAUUCUUUCAAAAAUAGUUAAAAUUAAUUUAAAACUUACAGAUUAAACAAUCCUAAAAUACAAAUACUAUUAAUAAAGGUUUUAUAAGAAAAUCUUAUUAAGAAAAGGAGAAUAAGUUAAAUCUAAAUUAGAAAAAAAAUUAUUAAUAAAAUAGAUUAAGUGAUUUAAUAUCAAAAGAAAUUAAUAAAAACACCAUUACAGAAUCAAAAAAUAAUCUUCGAAAAAAUUCAUAUACAAGUUAAAAUACUCAUAAUUCAUCAUAAACUAAAUGCAAUUUAUCUAUCUAAUAAGAUUAUUUAUAUUAGAAAGCAAUAUUUUAAUAAGAAAAAUUGAAGACUUAUAUAGAGAAAGGCUAAAUAAUGAAUAAUAUAAAAGAGAUGAAAGAGUGUACAUUUAAUCCUAGGAUUAAUUAAAAAUCUAAAAUAGAUAAUACUAGCACUUUUUUUGAAAGAUAAAACAUUUGGAUGAGAAAAAAAAAUGAUAAAAUAUCUGAGUAAGUAGAAAUAUAAAAAGAGAAAGCAAUUAGAGAAGUAAAUAUUAAAAUUUCAUAUUAGUGUACAUUUAGUCCAAAUUAAAAAGAUAAUAGUAAUACAAGAGUUAAUAGUUGUGAUGUUUAUUAUAGAAAUUUGUAAUGGCAGAAUAAAUUAAAUAGAAAAAAAUAACAGUUAAGAAAUUCGAUGAUUGAUUUAAAAAAUAAUGAUAGAAAGACAACUAAAAUAUAAAUGCAACGAUCUAAUUCUACAUAAUUAAUUAAUCAAUAAACUGAUUUAAGAUAAUUGCUAGAAAUUCAAUUUAAACUUGAUGCUCCAAAAUUUAUGAAAAGUAUUACUACUACAAAUUAAGGUAGUGAAACUACUAUAACUCCAAAUUCUUAAUGUGGAUAUUCUGAACUUGGUAAAAGAAAAAAUAGCAUUGAAUAAAUUGAGCAAAAAUAUAAAUUACUUUAUGAUUUGGUGCACAAUGUAACUAAAAAUCCAUCUAAAAAAAAAAAAUGA